AUGGCCAGGAUUUGCUGUGCCCUGCUGCUCUCGCUGCUGCUGCUCCUGCACAGCCCGGCCGCCUGCGGGGCCCCGCCGCAGCCCCGCGGCACCCUGUGCAGGACCAAGCCCACGGACCUGGUGUUCAUCAUCGACAGCUCUCGCAGCGUGCGGCCACACGAGUUCGAGAAGAUCAAGGUGUUCGUGUCGCGCGUCAUCGAGGCGCUGGACGUGGGCCCCAACGCCACCCGCGUGGGCAUCAUCAACUACGCCAGCGCCGUGCGCAGCGAGCUGGCCCUGCAGGGCCCCCAGAGCAAGGCGGCGCUGCUGCAGGCCGUGCGCAGGAUCCAGCCCCUCUCCACGGGCACCAUGACCGGCCUGGCCAUCCAGUUUGCCAUCAGCCGCGCCUUCAGCGCCGCCGAGGGCGCCAGGGCCAGCGCGCCCAACUUCAAAAAGGUGGCCAUCGUGGUGACGGACGGGCGGCCCCAGGACGGGGUGCAGGACGUGUCUGCCCGGGCCAGGGCUGCGGGCAUCGAGAUCUUCGCCAUCGGCGUGGGCAGGGUGGACAUGGGCACGCUGAGGCAGAUGGCCAGCGAGCCUCUGGACGAGCACGUGGACUAUGUGGAGAGCUACAGCGUCAUCGAGAAGUUGACCCACAAGUUCCAAGAGGCUUUCUGUGUGGUGUCUGACCUGUGUGCCACGGGGGACCACGACUGUGAGCAGGUGUGUGUCAGCACCCCAGGGGCCUACAGGUGCGCCUGCAGGGACGGCUUCAGCCUCAACAGCGACGGCAAGACCUGCACCGCUUGCAAUGGUGGCUUGGGGUCUGCUCUGGAUCUUGUGUUCCUCAUCGAUGGCUCCAAGAGUGUGAGGCCUGAGAACUUUGAGCUGGUGAAGAAAUUCAUCAACCAGAUCGUGGAUUCUCUGGAGGUGUCGGACAAGCAGGCACAGGUGGGGCUGGUGCAGUACUCCAGCUCCGUCCGGCAGGAGUUCCCUCUGGGCCAGUUCAAGAGCAAGAAGGACAUCAAAGCAGCAGUGAAGAAAAUGUCCUACAUGGAGAAGGGCACCAUGACAGGCCAGGCUCUCAAGUACCUCGUUGACAGCUCCUUCUCCGUCAUCAACGGAGCCCGGCCCGGCGUCCCCAAGGUGGGGAUUGUCUUCACUGAUGGGCGCUCACAGGAUUAUAUCUCAGAUGCUGCCAAAAAAGCCAAGGACUCAGGAUUUCGGAUGUUUGCCGUGGGAGUGGGCAACGCUGUGGAGGAUGAGCUGAGGGAGAUCGCCUCAGAACCCGUGGCUGAGCAUUAUUUCUACACUGCUGACUUCAGGACCAUCAGCAAGAUCGGGAAGAAGCUGCAGAUGAAGAUCUGUGUUGAGGAAGAUCCGUGUGAGUGCAAAUCCAUCAUGAAGUUCCAGACCAAAGUAGAAGAGCUCAUCAAUUCCUUGCAGCAGAAACUGGAAGCUGUGGCCAAAAGAAUUGAAGCCCUGGAGAACAAGAUCAUCUAA